AUGGCCUGGGAUGGGGGCGCGGGACAGUCUGGCCAGGCCGAGGCUCCGCGCCCCCGGGAGCUGCUGGGCCUACACCGCGCCCGUGAUUCUGCCUCCGGGUCGCGCGCCCACGUGAUCCCGCGGCCCGGCAGGGGCCUGGGCGGGACUAGGGUGGACCUGGGCGGGGCGGGCCAGGGCAGGACCCAGGUGGACCUGGGCGGACCCGGGGCUCUGGAGCCACAGCGCCGUUACAUGGGCGGGCCUGGGAUGGACCUAGGUGGACCGUGGCCCGUAUCUGAGCAAGACCAGGAGGCACCAAGCAGUCCUAGGCGGGGUCUGGGCGGGAUUCAGGCGGACCCGGGCGAGGGGGCGAGGACUGCGGGGCCAGGGCGGCAUCGGGAGGGCAGGGCGCCGCGGGAUUCCCAGAGAACUUCCGCGGAAGGCGGGCCUGGCACAACCUGGAAGGCGGGUCACGACACAGCCUCCGGGGCAGCGGGAACACGAGGCCGCCGCUGGGAGGGAGGGACUCUGGCGCCUCUGCUGUGUCGGCGGGGUGAUGAGUCUUGGUUUAACGAACCAGCAUCGGCCUGGCUCCGGGGAGAUAAGCUCCCGGAUGAAGGCGAGGAUGGCAAGGUCACGUUCCCGGGGACAGGGCUGCUCCGAGGAGGGGGCCGGACACCCGGCGCCUCGCGGUGCUGUGCGCAUCGCAGGGUCGGCGUGGCCGGGAGCGCGGAGCGAGCCGCCCGGCACCCAGUGCUAUCCACAGACUCCCGCGUCCGGCUGGGCCCGGUGGGCACAAGGGGCAGGGCCAGGUGCGCCCCCUGGGAGGUCGAGGGCAAGGCCGUCCGCCCGCCAGGGUUCCUGGGCAGAGGGGAGCUGGAGCGGCGCCCCCCAGAGGGAGGCAUCAGUCUGCGCAGCCGCCAUGUCUGGACGCUGCAGGUGCAAACGCCACCGUCUGACUUUGAGAUUGGACACUUCUUCACCUUUGGCCCUGCGCCUCCCAGUAGCAGCCUCCCCGGGGCAGAGUCCCCUGGCGGCAGGGGGCCAAAGCAGGCUGGGCCCCGAAAGUCCGGAUGGACGGACGCACAGACGGAGGUGUUCGUGACUGCGCUGCUCCAGCGUUGGGGGUUGGGGACGGUGAAGGUCGUGCGGCGACGCCAGCGGCCCUGGGCAUCUCUGCUCACUGAGCAGUCUCCGUUCUGCAACUUCAUGUCCCAUGAGAAGUGUCUGAAGCACAUGAAGACCCCGUGUGCGUGCGUGGCGCCCAGCCUGGUCCGGGUCCCAGUGGCGCACUGCUUCGGCCCCCGGGGGCUGUACAAACGCAGGUUCUGCGCGGUCUGCCGCAAGGCCCUGGAGGCGCCUGCGCUCCGCUGCGAAGUGUGUGAGCUGCACGUUCACCCCGACUGUGUGCCCUUCGCCUGCAGCGACUGCCGCCUUUGCCACCAGGACGGGCAUCAGGACCAUGACACAUACCACCACCACUGGCGGGAAGGGAGCCUGCCCUCAGGCGCACGCUGCGACGUCUGCCGGAAGACCUGUGGCUCUUCAGAGGUCCUGGCUGGCCUGCGUUGCGAGUGGUGUGGCCUCCAGGUGCACUCAGUCUGCUCAUCUGCACUCCCCCCCGAGUGCUCGUUCGGGCGUCUGCGCAGCAUGGUCCUGCCGCCCGCCUGUGUGCGCCUGGUAUCCCGCAACUUCAGCAAGAUGCAUUGCUUCCGCAUCUCGGAGAGCGUGGUCCCGGAGCCAGGCGAGGGGGACGACAGUGUGGAUGGAAGUGCGGUGGUGGGACCAGGCAGAGAGGCACUGGCGUCUCCAGAGUCUGGCAAACAGACCCUGAAGAUCUUUGAUGGGGAUGACAGCAUUCGGCGAAACUGCUUCCGUCUCAUCACCGUCCCCCGCCUCGCCAGGAGCGAGGAGGUGCUGGAGAUGGCGCUGCGGGCAUACUACGUCAGCGAGGACCCCCGUGACUUUGAGCUGCAGGCGUUGCCCCUGCCCGCACAGACUGGCGAGAGCGGGGCCCAGGGAAAAGCCUGGAGUGGCGGGGCUGCUGGGGACGACAGCGGCCGAGGCCCCGGGUCGCGAGAGCCCGUGUCCGAAGCCUGGGUCAUCCGGGCCCUGCCCCGCACCCAGGAGGUCCUGAGGAUCUACCCUGCCUGGCUCAAGGUGGGUGUGGCCUGCGUGUCUCUCCGUGUGACCCCUCAGAGCACAGUGAGGACGGUCGUGCUGGAGGUGCUCCCAUUGCUUGGACGUCAGGCGGAGAGUCCUGAGAGCUUCCAGCUGGUUGAGGUGCUCAUGGGCAGUAGGCAAGUUCAGCGCACGGUGCUGGUGGAGGACGAGCCCCUGCUGGACCGACUUAGGAACAUCCAGCAGACGUCCUUACGGCAGAUGAGCCAGACGCGGUUCUACGUGGUGGAGAGCCGAUCUGUGGUGCCACGUGUCUCCCUGUUUGUGGGCGGCCUGCCGUCUGGCCUUGCCCCCCAGGAAUACGGCCCCCUGCUGCAGGAGGCCGUGGGCACCAAAGCUGACGUGGUGGCUGUGAGUCACGUCUACCCCUCGCAAGGCGCCCUGGUGCUGGAUGUCACCUGCUUCGCAGAGGCUGAGCGGCUCUACAUGCUGGUCAAGGACACGGCCGUGCAGGGCCGCCCGCUCACGGCCCUGGUGCUCCCUGACGUGCUGCAUGCAAAGCUGCCCCCAGACUGCUGCCCCCUCCUCGUGUUUGUGAACCCCAAGAGCGGGGGCCUCAAGGGUCGAGACCUGCUCUACAGUUUCCGGAAGCUGCUGAAUCCUCACCAGGUCUUCGAGCUGACCAAUGGCGGGCCUCUCCCAGGGUUCCACACGUUCUCCCGGGCUCCCCGCUUCCGGGUGCUGGUGUGUGGCGGGGAUGGCACCGUGGGCUGGGUGCUCGGUGCCCUGGAGGAGACGCGCCAUCGUCUGGCCUGCCCCCAGCCCUCUGUGGCCAUCCUGCCCCUGGGCACAGGGAAUGACCUUGGCCGAGUGCUCCGCUGGGGGGCGGGCUACAGUGGCGAGGACCCCUUCUCUGUGUUGGUGUCUGUGGACGAAGCCGACGCCGUGCUCAUGGACCGCUGGACCAUCCUGCUGGAUGCCCACGAGGCCAGUGGCUCGGAGAACAGUGUGGCCGACGUGGAACCCCCAAAGAUCGUCCAGAUGAACAACUACUGCGGGAUCGGCAUUGACGCGGAGCUGAGUCUGGACUUCCACCAGGCCCGGGAGGAGGAGCCUGGCAAGUUCACGAGCAGGUUCCACAACAAAGGUGUGUACGUGCGGGUCGGGCUGCAGAAGAUGAGCCACUCGCGCAGCUUGCACAAGGAGAUCCGCCUGCAGGUGGGGCAGCACGAGGUGGAGCUGCCGAGCAUCGAGGGCCUCAUCUUCAUCAACAUCCCCAGCUGGGGCUCGGGGGCCGACCUGUGGGGCUCCGACAAUGACUCGAGGUUUGAGAAGCCGCGCAUCGAUGACGGGCUGCUGGAGGUGGUGGGCGUGACCGGCGUCGUGCACAUGGGUCAGGUCCAGGGUGGGCUCCGCUCUGGCAUCCGCAUCGCCCAGGGCUCCUACUUCCGCGUCACACUCCUCAAGGCCACCCCCGUGCAGGUCGAUGGUGAGCCCUGGGUCCAGGCUCCUGGCCACAUGAUCAUCUCGGCUGCGGGGCCAAAGGUUCACAUGCUGAAAAAAUCCAAGCAGAAGCCCAGGAAGGCUGGAGGCGGCCCCAAGGAGGCCAGAGUGGAUGUGACACCCGCCCCGGCGGGGGAUGCCAAGUAG